AUGGAGUCUCCUGAGGACAUCCCCGGCAGCGUCGGCCGCAGCCGCCGCCGCCGCCACCACAGCAAUACCAAUCAACAGCAGCAGCAGCAGCAGCAGCAGCAGCAGCAGCUAGAGCCACAGCAGCAGCAGCAGGAGCAGCAGCAGCAGGCGCAGGCCCCUGCUGCAGCUCCAGAGCAGCAAAGUAGCAUUGUCGAAGAGAGACGCAGCAGCAGCAGCAGACACACAGGGGCUCUCGGCGCGCAGCUGCGUCGCCGCUUCAGAAGAAAACCCCACAGCAGCAGCAGCAGCAGCAGCAGCAGCAGCAGCAGCAACAGAAGACAGGAACGCCUGCAGAACAGAGACAGCGUACUGAGGGUCCUUCCUUUCGACCAGUUGCUGCCGCUUGCUGCUGCAGCAAAAGAGAAAAGCAGCACAGAACACACAGCUGCAGCAGAAAAUGAGCAGCAGCAGCAGCAGCAGCAGCAGCAGCAGCAGCAGCAAGCUUGGGGAUCUCCCGCAGUUCGUUUGCCCUUUUCUAAUCUAGAAGUGGAACUUUAUAGGGGCCCCCCUUUGUCUGCUGCUGCUGCUGCAGCAGCAAAAGCAGCAGGGCCUUUCUUGAGUAGGAAGCUGCUGCCUUUGCUGCGCUGCGCGCUGAGUUGCUGCUGCUACCGCGGCGCUGCUGCUGCUGCAGCUGCAAAGCCCUUGCAGCAGCAGCAGCUGCAGCAGCUGCUGCAGCAGCUGCCCCACGGCUACAUCUGCUGCCACAUUCUUCAGGAAGCAGCAGCAAGACUCAAGCAAGCAGCAGGGCUUCCAAGCGACCCCUUUGCAAAAGAGCAGCAACACAGCAGCAGCAGCAGCAGCAGCAGCAGCAGCAACAGCUUUUUCCACUUCUACGAGUUUGCUGCUGAAGGGCCCCUGGGGCCCCACAGCAGCAGCAGGGAGGCCCCUGAGCAGGGCCUCCCCCGCAGCAGCAGUCUUGCUGCGCUGCAGGAGCUGCUGCAGCAAAACGAAGUGCUGCAGCAGCUGCUGCAGUACUACAGCCUGCUGCUGUCCCCUGAGCUGCUGCCUCUCGUGUCUCUUCGACGCGGCCUGCCCUGCGCAGCAGCAGCAGAAGCAGCAGCAGCAGGCGCAGCAGCAGCAGGAGCAGCAGCAGCAGGAGCAGCAGCAGCAGAAGCAGCAGCAGCAGGCCGCAGGAGCGCGCUGCUGCUGCAGACGGCCCCGCUGCUGAGCUGCCUGCCCAUCGCCCCGUGGCACCUGUGGUGGCCCAAAGCAGCAGCAGCAGCAGCAGCAGCAGCAGCAGCAGCAGCAGCAGGGCCGCCGCUGCGCUGCUGCUUCCGGGUGUCUGUACAGCUGCUGCACGUGGCUCUCUCCGACUGCCACUUGUUCAGAGAAGAAGAUGCAGCAGCACAAAAAGAAGUCCGAAGCAGCUGUGGGGCCCCACAGGAGCUGCUGCCGCUGCUGCAGGCUGCUGCUGCAGUCGUCGACGCCUUCGAGCAGCCGCAGCCGCUGCAGCAGCAGCAGCAGCUGCUGCUGCAGCACCUGCAGCGGCUCCCGCUGCUGCAGCAGCAGCUGCAGCAGCUCAGCUCCUGGCUCUCCGCGCUCAAGGCACAGGAGCCCCAGCAGUGGCAGCAGCUGCUGCAGCACAGGGAGCGCCAGGGCUUUGCAGCAACGCCGCUGCAGCUGCAGCACAUUCUCCAGUCGAAAGAUGCAGCAGCAGACAGGCAGCAGCUCAUCGAAGAAGUAGCAGCAGAGCUCGAAGAGCUCCUUACCUACAAAGUCGACACUCAGCAGCAGCAGCAGCAGCAGCAGCAGCAGCAGCAGCAGCAGCAGCAGCAGCAGCAGCAGGAGGUAGGGUUUGAUGCUGCAGCAGUCCUUGCAGCUAUACUGUACAAGCUGAGCAGCACAAAAGUGAGAAAACCGGGAGAGCCUCUGCAGCUGCUGCUGCUGACUUCCCCACCCGAAGGCCAAGAGCAGCAGGGGCCCCCGGGGGGCCCCCAGGGGCCCCCGGGGGGCCCCCAGGGGCCCCCGGGGGGCCCCCAGGGGCCCCCGCAGCUGCCGCUGCAGGAGCAGCUGCGGCAGCUGCUGGCCCGCAACUUAGCUGCUGCUGUUUGCUGCCGCAUUAAUGGCAAAGCUGUGGGGCCCCACACCCAAGUGGGCCUCAGCUUUCCUUACUUUUCUUCUGCUGCUGCAUACCCUCUUGCUGCUCCCCUGCCCUUCGACGCCCUGCAGCAGCAGCAGCAGCAGCAGCAGCAGCAGCAGCAGCUGCAGCAGCAGCCGCUGCAGCAGCAGCAGCUGCUGCAGCUGCAGCAGCAGCCGCUGCAGCAGCAGCAGCAGCAGCCGCUGCAGCAGCAGCAGCUGCUGCAGCAGCAACAGCAGCCGCUGCAGCAGCAGCAGCUGCUGCAGCAGCAACAGCAGCAAGAGGAGGCGCUCGCCUCGUUUCAAACCACCUUGAAGGAGCCGCUCGUCGAUAUUUCGCUACACGUUGGAGUCACGCACCCAGGCCUUCCCAAGCCCAUAGAAGCCCAAGUGGCAGUGCCGCUGCCCCCACAGUUUGAGGCCUUUGCGCAGCAGCUGCUGCUGGGGGGCCCCCUGGGGGCCCCCCGGGGGGCCCCCCAGGGGCCCCCCCCUCCCCCCAUAUCUUGUCCUAUGACUGUGUGCAUAGAUCUUCCCUUUGCUUCUCCCAGCAGCAGCAGCAGCAGCAGCAGCAGCAGCAGCAGCAGCAGGGGGGAGAGGGGAGCGGGGCAGGAAGACGGGCCCAAGCGGACUCCUGCAGCCGCUGCUGCUGCUGCUGCUGCUGCUGCUGCUGCUGCUGCUGCUGCUGGGCAGCCUGCGCUGCAGCUGCUUAGAUCAGACCCCCGCCUCGCGGGGCUGUGGGGCCGCUGCAGCACAAUUGAUUCUGCUGCUGGGGGGGCCCCGGGGCCCCUCCUUGAACCUGUGCCUUCUUUCUUGCUUCUUGAAGCAGCAGCAGCAAGAGACAGAGAGCAGCAGCAGCAGCAGCAGCAGCUGCUGCUGCUGGACAUGCCCCUGUGGGGGGGGCUUCCUGCGACGCACGCUGCAGCAGCAGCAGCAGCAGCAGCAGCGCCUGGACUGAAGCUGCAGCAGCAAGAGCUGGCUGCUGCUUGGGCUGCAGCAGAGCAGCGCAGCCGCUCCGUUGCUGCUGCUGCUGCUGCUGCAGCACGCGCUGCUUCUGCUGCCUACGUCGCAGAGGCAGCAGAAGCAGCAGCAGCAGGAGUUUAUGCUGGCACCGACGCAGAAGAAGAUGGCAAUGCAGCAGCAGCAGCAGCUGCUGCUGCUGCUGCAGCAGCAAGAAGGAGGCCCUUCUCUCUUGCUGCUAGGCAUGUGCGUUCUGUGUUUAACAGAAUAGCCCGCGCAGCAAACAGCACCCCACAGCAACCUGCUGCUGCUGCUGCUGCUGCUGCUGCUGAAUCAGCAGCAGCAGCAGCAGGCGAGGCCGGCAGCGGCUUGCAAACCCCCAUCGACUCUCCCAGCGCUGCUGCUGCUGCUGAACCAGCAGCAGCAGCAGCAGCAGCAGCAGCAGCAGCAGCAGCAGCAGCAGGGCCAGUCUUCGCAACUGAGCAGCAGCACGAAAAACUUCUUCCCAUAUCUUCUGUUUUUUCUUUAGAGUCGGGGGGCCCCUCAGCAGCACUUGUGCAGCAGCAGCUGAGCUUUGGGGGCCCCCAAGAAGAAGCUGCUGAGCCCCAUUCGACGCUGUCUCCUUUUGAGAACUGGUGGCGAGUCGCUGGCUGUUUAAAAGUCCGGAUCACAAUUGCUGCGAUGCCGCAGCAGACUGAAGAGCCCACAAGUCUUAUCUCCCCAGGGUUUGAAUGGUUGGCAAUAAAAAAAGAAAAGGCAGCAGCAAGAGCCCGCCAGCCCUCAGCUGAGGUGUACGUACACCGCAGACUCCCGCAGCCCCAAGAGGCCCUUUUCCAGGGCCUCAACUGCCCCCCUUUAGUACCCUUUCAGGAGGCCCUGGGGGCCCCCCUGGGGGCCCCCGGGGGGGCCCCCGGGGGGGCCCCCGGGGGGGCCCCCGAGGGGUCUCCGUGGCUUGCGGCGCUGGCGCAGAUGUCCCACAAAAGUGUAGAACUUUAUCCUGUGUCUUUUCUGGGAAAGUCUUUUAGAAUUUGCUGCAGACUGCAGCGGCUGUACGCUGCUGCUGCUGCUGCAGCAGCAGCAGCAGCAGCAGCAGCAGCAGCAGAGCCGGUCGCAGCCACCGACUGGGAAGCACUGCUGCAGCUUCUGAGGCAGCAGAAACGAAAGAGGGGCCCCCCAAGGGGGCCCCCCGAGGCCCCUGGGGGGCCCCCGGGGGCCCUCUGGGGUCUGUGGGGUUUUGAGAUGGGCUUCUACGAGCGAAAGCUGCGGCAUUUUCUUCUCACAAAUGAAGACGCAGCAACAGCAGCAGCAGCAGCGCUGCUGCUGCUGCCGCAGCCGAUGGAGCAGCUGCAGCCAGCCCUUGAGGCGGGCCCCACAGAGCCCUCUGAGCCUCAAACAGCAGCAGCAGCAGCAGCAGCAGCAGCAGCAGCAGCAGCAGCAGGAGAGUGUCCGCUGUUACUUAGAAGCGGCUUGCUGCGGUACCUGCUGGCCCCGCUGCAGCAGCAGCAGCAGGGGGCACUGACGGAGGAGCAGCUGCAGCAGCAGCUGCAGCUGCUGGAGCAGCAGCUGCAGCAGCUGCUGCAGCAGCGGCCAGUGCUGCCGUACGCUGCUGUAGUAAGAGAAGCAAAUCUGCGCAUUUGCUUCCUCCCGCUGCUGCGGCUUUGCUGCAGCAGACGCAACAAGUGCUGCUGGGGGCCUUUGCUGCUGCUGCUGCUGCUGCUGCCUGUGGCGCUGCGCCGGCGGCUGCAGCAGAAGGAGAAGCAGCAGCAAAGUAAACGCCUGUCUUACCUGUGGCAGGACCAGCAGCAGCAGCAGCAGCAGCAGCAGCAGCAGCAGCAGCAGCCGACGAUGGAAAUCCGAGCCUUUGGCUGCUGCUGCAGCAGCUGCAGCAGCGGCAGCAGCAGGCCCCACGCGGAUGUGCUGCAGCUCAGCUGCCCCUCUGUGGCUGUGAGAGUUUGCUUCCCCGAUUUAGGCAUAGACGCAGCAGCAGAAACAGCAGCAGCAGCAGCAGCAGCAGCAGCAGCAGGAGAAAACCUUGUCUUGAAUCAGGCAAUAUCUCUUCCGCUGCUGCAGCUGCAGGGCAUGACUGGAGAGCAGCUGCAGCAGCUGCGGGGCCACGUGUACAUAUCUGUUUAUGACGACUUAAGCAGCAGCAGCAGCAGCAGCAGCAGCAGCAGCAGCAGCAGCAGCGGGGGCCCGCAGGUGCUGCUUGGCUGCUUGCAGCUCCCGUGGCAGUCGCUGCUGCUGUCGGCCACGGAGGGGGCGGCUGACAUCGUUGCUGCUGCUGCUGAGCAGCAGCAGCAGCAGCAGCAGCAGCAGCAGCAGCAGAAGCAACUCUUCAGCAGGCUGCUUGAUGUUGCUGCUGAUGGCAGCUGCUGCCUUUGCUUCCUCAACGGCUGCUUCCGGCUGCAGCAGCCGCGGGGGCUGUUGACGCAUGCGCGGGUGUCUUACUUGGCAGCAGGCCAGCAGCAGCAGCAGCAGCAGCAGCAGCAGCAGCAGCAGCAGCAGCAGCAGCAGCAGUGGACCACUGGUCUCUUGGCAGAACCCCCCUUCGACUUGUUCGUUUCCCUCAAACUCGAAAUCAGGGGCCCCGCUGCUGCCUUAUGCUGGGGGCCCCCCCGGCCGCUGAUGCCUGAGGAGCUGCUGCCGCUGCUGCAGCAGCAGCAGCAGCAGCAGCAGCAGCAGCAGCAGCAGCAGCAGCAGCAGCAGGUCGGCAGCAGCACAAACGAAAGCUGGGCCCUCAUCGCCCACGACCGCCGCUGGAGGCGCCGAGCCAGGCGCUCAGCUCAUGUUGUGGGCGAAGGCCCCAAAUGGCUCGUUUUGCGGCUGUCACCUUCGGGUGCAGCGCAGCUGUGGGACCCGCAGACUGGGGAGGCCAUAUGCCUGCAGCAGCAGCAGCAGCAGCAGCAGCAGCAGCAGCAGCAGCAGCAGCAGCAGCAGCAGGCGGAGCUGGAGGUGCUGGGGGCCUUGCGGGAGAUGGACGGGAAGAUAAGUGAGCUGCUGCUGCGGCUGUCUUCUUUGCUGCCGGUUGCUGCUGCUUUCGCUGGCUCGCAGCACAGAAGCCUGAUGGAGCAGCAGCAGCAGCAGCAGCAGCAGCAGCAGCUGGGCUUGCAGCAGUCUGCCCUUGACGUUGGAGACGGCGCAGCAGCAGCAGAGGAGGUGCAGCAGCUGCAGCAGGAGCUGGCAGCUCUUGCUGCUGCUGAAGCGGACCUCCUGGCGGAGUGGAGGGCGCUGCAUGCAGCAGCAGCAGCAGCAGCAGCAGCAGCAAACCAGCCACCCCCCUUCAUGCUGGGGGGGGCCCGCAGCAGCAGCAGACAGGGCCUCUGGCCCAUCUCGCAGCUGCUGCUGCUGAUUGGCCCCCAAAAUGUUUAUAUAAAUUUGCAGCCAAUGCGUUGUGUGAACAGCCGCAGCAGCAGCGCGGACUUCCCGCAGCAGCAGCAGCAGCUGCAGCAGCUGCUGCAGCAGCAGCUGCAGCAGCAGCUGCAGCAGCGGCCCCGCUGGCUGCUGCUCCAGGAGCCAGCCCCGCCCACCGACUUCGUCCCCCAGACUGCAGCAGCAGCAGCAGCAGCAGCAACAGCAACAGCAGCAGAAAGGCAAAUAAGGCUGUCUAUGGAGUUCGAUGAGAGUCAGCAGCGAGAGGCAGUAGCAGCAUAUGAGACCACCAGAGCAGCAGCAACAGCAGCAGCAGCUCCAGGAGCAGACGCAGCAGCAACAGCAGAAGCAGCGGAAGCAGCAGCAGCAGCAGCAGCAGCAGAGGCCCUUCAGGUGUGGGGUGCUGAUGCCACUCGUGUGGCGCUGCAGCCCCCCAUAGGCAGCGUCAGCCCGCUGCUGCCCGAGUUGCAUUUCACUGCAGCAGACACAGCACCAGCAGCAGCAGAAGUGGAGCAGCAGCUCCAGGCCUUGCUGCAGCAGCUGCUGCAGCAGCACUACAGCGAAGCUCCUGUCUUCAGUGCCUCCAGCAGCAGCAGCAGCAGCAGAUGGGUACAGCAGCAGCUGCUGUUUGCUGCUGAGCCCCAUGAAGCAGUUUAUGAAAUAUUAAGCAGCUACGAGGAAGCAAGGUGUACAAACAGCUGGUCCUGUUUGCUGCCAGGCCAGUGUGAGGCCUCCACAGCAGCAGCAGCAGCAGCAGCAGCAGCAGCAACAGCAGCAACAACAGAACAUAUGCUGCAGGAAGCUCUGCGGCUAGCUGUGGCUAGCUGCUUCCCAGGGAGGCCCCUGAGGGGCCUCGUGCUGCACUUUAAAGAGCUAGACGCCAAUAAGCUGCUGCAGCAGCUGCUGCAUGCAAAGAUCUUUGACCAGCAGCAGCAGCAGCAGCAGCAGCAGCAGCAGAGCGUGACUUGCUGCGUGUGUCUGGUGCUGCGCCUCUUUUCCUACCCCUGCGGCCUGUACAGCGGGUGGCUAUUUGCUGCUGCUCUUGACUGA